AUGUUCCAAGUAAAAAAAACUAAUUGUGGUUAUAAUGCUAUUCAGAAAAUAUUAAACGAUCGAGGUAUUGAUAAAUCUAUCGACAAUCUUCGUAAUAAUCGAGCCCAAAACAUAGAAGAUAAUCCUCAACAAUUUUUGAAAGUAGUACAAGCACAACGAUGGAUUGAAUCUCAUCAUCUUCAGGUAGUAAAUUGUUUAUUAAUUGUAGGAGGAGCUAAAAGAGAGGCAUCCUUUGAGGAGAUUUUAAUUGCUGGUACAUAUCCACUUGCAAACAACUACAAAGAUUUAUCUAGAAAAUUGUCAGGACGAAAAAGAACUUCUGAAAUUAAUCACAUUCCUCCAAAAGCUUCAUAUAAAGGUAUAUCUUACGAAAAUGUAGACAUAGACAAUAUGCUAGCAAUGGUCGUGUUUGUAGAAGAUCAUCAAGCAACUACGUCGACAGGAUCGUCUGAAAUAGUGGCUGGUUAUUAUGAAAUAAUUCCCCAUCAUAUGAGAGAAGGAAAUAUAUAUGAUGCUAUAAAAGUAGAACUAAAUGAUAUGUUAAAUAAUUGUCCUACAAGAAGAUUUUAUGAGGACAACGCUCGACAAUACAUUGAUUAUAUAGCUUCCACAUCGAUGAGGAAUGCCUCACUUUAUACAGAUGGUACAACAAUUCCGAUAAAAAAAGUAUAA